UUACUAUUUCUGUCUAUGCAGGUGUCUCAUCGCAGGUGCCUGUCCAGUGCAGACCUUCAACACUGGGUUUUCACUUGACUUCGUAUUCUUUUCCUGUUCCCCUCAAGUAGGCUUGCCUAAACUAUUUGAUUUAGUAUUUUUUUUGCUUUCUAAAACAUUAACCAUGUCUUUUUCAGACGUGUCAAAACUUUGGAUUGUUGUCUGCUUAAGAGAAGCCAGCUGGUUGAAAACGAUGCGUGAGGUAUCAAAUUAUGCCUGUUGAAUAGGCACACUUGGAGAGGAGGGUAGACCUAUGUUUUUCCGUCACCGUUGGUUACUAUGAGUGACGGGGUAAAGAUGUCGGUGAUGGAAAACAUAACGAAAGAAAGAGGACAAUUGAUAUCGAUUCGCCGUCUUACCAGGAUAAACUACAACUGUACAAGCUGAGGGUAGUCGUUAUUUAUCAGCUAAACGCAUUAUCGUGUAUGGAGUAUGGCAGGUGUUCACAUAUGACAGCAAAUUAUAGUGACUAGUUUGUUGAUCAUUCUAUUGUGAAAUAAAACGGGGGGCUAAUCGGGAACUUCUGAUUGUCAAGAGUUCCCAUCCCUCUUCAACACUAUGGACGUCGUCGACUACAGAAGCGAGUUCAGGAUGUCAGCCAGAGAAGUCAAAGCCUUCCUAGACGCGGACAGAUUCACGGGUGUCGGGGACGGGAUUCAGGAUGAUGUUGAAUAUAGAUUUGUGGAUGUCCUGCUGUUUGGUGGGGCGCCUUGGGGGUUCACUCUGAGAGGAGGUCUGGAGCACCGAGAACCACUGCUCAUAACCAAGGUGGAGGAGGGCAGCAAGGCGGCGACCGUCAGCCUGCAGGUGGGAGAUGAAAUCGUCAACAUCAACACAGUUCCCAUCAGUGGAUCCAGGCAGGAGGCCAUCUGUCUGGUCAAAAGCUCCCACAAGACCCUCGCCCUGGUCGUCAGAAGGAGGAAUGAACCAGUCUCCCGGCCCCAUUCAUGGCACUCCUCCAAGUUCACAGAGGACCACCUCGAACCCCCAGAGAGUCACAUAGAGCCUCCACCUCCACCUGUGUGGCAGGUCAAACAUGAAGUCAGUGCAUCCACAAAAGACCUUUCCAGCUGCGGGGACCACGACUCGAAUCUACGCCAGUUAUCCAGCCAGUUCAGCUCCGUGGGGAGUAUGGAGAGAGUAGAGCAUCCCUCACACCCCUACCCACCAGGAUGCCUCUCCCCCAGCAGGUACCACCGCAGUGCUGAGCCUCUCUCUGGUGGUGGAGGGUCUGGUGGGAAGAGCGAAUCAGCCUUCAGUUGCCUGUCCUCUACCAGCCCUCCCCCGGAGCCUGCUCUGGCCCUCACCAACACUGCGGUGACUGAGGGCGGCGUGUUCUAUAAGGGGGUCCAGACUCAGACCAGUGAGGUCGGAAGGCAGGGUGAGCAGCGCCACAGCCGGUACCUCCAGCUGCCCCAGGGGGACGGAGGCUCAGAGAGCCCCAGGACAGUCCCAGAGGAGCAGCCUGGCUCCCGCUACUCCAGCUCAGUCUCUGGCAGAUCACACAUAGGCCCUGUGUGGCACGUCCCAGAGAGGAGGAAGGUAGCAGCCCCCCCCUCUCCUCCUCCUCCUCCCUUGCGCAGUGACAGCUUUGCUGCCACCAAGGUGUACCCUGCCUACACAGAGGGCACUGGAGCUCCACCACACGGCCAGAUGAAGGCCCAGGAACGAGGGGUGGACAAGCUGGCUGAGGCCCCAGAGAACAGCAGCUACAGAGGCCGGGGCAACCAUAUCUCUCACGAUGGGAAUGGGCCAGACCCCAGGUGCAAUUACAACCCUCCACCUCACAAGAAAGACUUCCUCCACCUAAACAUAGCAGCAGGAGCACCUGACUACAACCACAACCAGCUCAGCAACCCAAACAAACUGUUCUCGCUGUCUAGCCAGGACGUGAGACAGAGUCAGUCUCCCUUCGCUUGCCUGCCCAACCACCAGCGGCAGUACAGCGACGAAAGCACUUUCUACCUGCAGACCAGAUCCACCCCACAUCCACCGAAGCCGCAGAGCGUCGGUAGCUACUACCACAGCCUCCAGGAGCUCCCUACCAACCGCAGGAACCACGUGAGGUCCUCCACCACGUCCCUGUCCACCUCGACCAUCGACCAGAACUAUGACGGCGGAGGACACAUCAGGUACUACUGCAUCACAACCAAGCAGCCAGGCCAGCCAGAGACUCGUGUUAGACAGAGCAAAUCAGAGGUCUGGAUGGCUGACAUGGAGCUAGCUAAGGGCUCCAACGACAGGGGUUCCACAAGUUCCUCCCACAAGACCAACAAGGUCAAGUAUCAUCCUCAGCCGCCUUACGCCAACAGCAAGGAGCGGAACGGAAAUGUCAAACCGGCCAACGUUCUGCUUUACGAGCACACAGCCUCUAAUUCCUUAUCCUCAUCUGGUAAACCUACCACUGAGGAGAGGAGGAGUGAGGGCCAGAGACCUUCUACAGAGGCCCAGCUUAGAAGCUCUUACUCUCCCAGUCCGCCCAAGGACCACAAGGCGGCACCGCUGAGAGAAGAAGACCCUUGGGUCUCUCAGGAGAACCAUAAGAUCUCUUCUCAAAAGACACCCAUGCUCCAUAGUCUGGCUCAGGAGAGUAGGAGCCUGGUGGAGAAGAUUCACCCUGCUACGGCACCACCACCCAAUGGCGGGGGAGACGCCAGCCACGCCAUACAGGAGGCUUUAAUGGACAACACGGCAACGGGCAAACUGGCGAGACGCAGCGACCGAUACGCCACCACCCUCCGCAACGAGAUCCAGCUAAAGAGGGCCCAGCUGCAGAAAAGCCGGAGCGCUGCCACGCUGACCUGCACCAGCGAAACGGAGGAGCCAGAGGAGGAGACAGACCCGGGGGGGUGGAAGUCCACCUCCUCCGACAGCUCCUUUUCCUCAUCCUACAAGGACCACCUCAAGGAGGCUCAGGCUAGGGUCCUCCAGGCCACGUCCUUUAGGAGGAGAGACCUAGAACCUCCCGGGUCAGGGUCGGAGGCUCAGUUAACCAAACCCAACUCACACAUAGUUUCCCGCAUUGGCGGCCGCAAGCGUUUCCCUCUGAACAAGAGGGUCCACUCGUUCUCCGAGCCAGACAAGAUAAACAAGCUGGGAGUGGAGGGUGAGGGAGAACAUCCUGUUGGAACAGCACGGUCGUUUGUAGACCGGCGGGAGUUCUUUGAAAUGGCUGAUAAACCUGCCUUCUGCAGACCCAUCUCAACCAUCCACAAGUCAGGCCAGCAGAGCUCCAGCACCACCUCCAGCACUUUGGAGCACGGAGAGGGCAAGGCCAGAGGGAGAGCCCACUCAGGAGAAACUGAGGAGGGCUGGAGGUCAGGCCUGGCCAGUGAGACCUCCAGUGACCACCACCCAGACCCCCUCAGCCCCGCAGGCAGACAGGCCCUACUGGAGCAGCAGAGGCUGGGGACCUUCACUGAGUACCAGGUCACCUGGAACAUGCAGAGGAAGGCUUCAGACACAAAGACCCAGGGGAGGUACCACUCUGCUGACAACAUCCUGGACCAGGGAACAGAGGAGACGCCUGUCUGUGUCCAUGAGAGGUCCAGAUCGUCUCCCUCACAAGACUUCUACACACAGAAGAUCCCUGUGCCAUGGAGAGACUCUGUUGAAAAUCUGGAUCACAGACGGGACCAGCAAGGAGGCAGUUACACCACCAGAGGGCCGAGCGAGAGCCGAGAGCAGCCAGCCCAGCUCGACCACUUCCCACAGCCUCCACAACCGUCUAUUCCAAGACUGACCGACACAGAGCCACACAGCAGCAGAGACGUGGCCACCCCCCUCCCUCUCCCUCACCCCUCUGACCACAGAUACAAAUGUGACUCUGCGGACCCCGCCCACAACCUCACCGCGUACACCUCCAACCACACCCUCAACUCUGUGUCUGAGCAACCACCUCCAACGCCCGCUCCCAAGCCCCAGAAUACAGGCCUCAUCAUGCCACAUUGGCCUCUCCUAGGCCUGGAAACCCCCUCAACCACAUCCUCCACCUACAGACUGUCUUCCCAGGAAUUCCUGCUUGUCCCUUGCACCCAUCAGGCUGACCCAGUAGAUCCAUCAUCCAGCAGCAGCUGCUCCCCCCAUGGCACAGAGCUGGAUCCUGCCCCAAACCAAGCCUGCUCCUUGGGCUCCACCCAGCUCCCCUCUCCAUCCCCUGGGAGAACCGCUGGACUGGACACGGAGGAGGGAGCAGCUGAUUCAACACUAGAGCCACCCUCCUCCUCCUCUUCCCACUCUCCUUUAUUCUCCUACCAGCCUGCCAGUCUGACGGUUCCCUCCUCAGGUGGGACUAGUUUUCCCUCUCCUCAGUUUGCUCCACAGAGGCUGACGGACCAGCCCCCUGUCUCUGUGUCUAUGCAGGAUGAAGCCCAGAACAGGCCAGAGAACAGGACAAACACUGUGAUGGAGAUGAGCAGUGUAGGGAAGAAGGUCCCUGUGAAGAUCGUCCAUGCUGAGAGCACCACAGAGAGGGAGAGCCGCCAGUACCUGCUGCACAGUGAGAGAAAUGGGGCCCCUGGAGUUUCAGAGGGGCCUGACCUUCCCCUGCCCUUACCGACCAGCCUGCCCUCCCCUGAGCCGCAGCCCUACUCCCUGUUCCGUGCCUACACCCCCUACAUACGCCAUGGGCCCCAGAGUCCCCCCAGGAACCCAACCCUCACUGUAGCCCCAGAAGAGGCCCUGUCCCCUGGGCGGUCUCAGAAGAGUAACUCGGAGGAGGAUGUGAAGAGAGAGGAGCUGGCCAGAGACAUCAUGGACAAGGAUAAGUCCCUGGUGGACAUCUUGGACCAGAGUAAGAUGAAGACCACCAUGGAUCUGAUGGGGGGGAUCUUCCCCCAGGGGGAGCAGAUCUUGGAUGGGGGGCACCAGAGGAGGAAAGUCUCCCCCAAACAGGGAUUGCCGCCCAGGGGCAUGGAUGACAGGAGAGAGGAGGGGGGCAUGUCUGCUGCCACAGGGUCCCUGGUGACCAGCUCCACCUACUACAGUACAUCUGCCCCCAAGGCUGAGCUGCUCAACAAGAUGAAGGACAUGCAGGAGGACGAGCUGGAGGAGCUGGAGCAAGACUCAGAGGACGAACUGGACAUCGACCUGGCCAGCAAGAAGCAAGAGCUGAUUGACAGCCUGAGUAAGAAGCUGCAGGUGCUGCGCGAGGCCAGGGGGAGCCUUCAGGAGGACGUUCACGAUAACAACUCUCUGGGGGACGAGGUGGAGGCCAUGGUGCAGAGGGUUUGCAAGCCCAACGAGCUGGACAAGUUCAGGAUGUUUGUGGGAGAUCUGGACAAGGUGGUCAGUUUGCUGCUCUCCCUGUCUGGCCGACUGGCCAGGGUGGAGAACGCUCUCAACAGUCUGGAGGAAGACACCACACCAGAAGAGAAGCGCACCCUGUCAGAGAAGAGGAAGCUGUUGAUCAGACAACACGAAGACGCCAAAGAGCUCAAGGAGAACCUUGACCGGCGGGAGCGCUUGGUUUACAGCAUCAUGGCUGCUCACCUCCGCCACGAGAGCCUGGCAGACUACCAGCACUUUGUCAAGAUGAAGUCAGCCCUCAUCAUCGAGCAGCGCAAGCUGGACGACAAGAUCAAACUGGGAGAGGAGCAGCUGAAAUGUCUGCUGGAUAGUUUAUUGUUGGAGCAGAGGCUGCUGUUCUGAUGAUUGUUAGUGCAAUCCGAGAUCCUUGGGACGUCCAUACCUUAACCCCUACCCUAACCUUAACCCCUACCCUAUCCUUUCAACUUCAAUCGGGUGACAUCAGAGUUGGGAUGUCCCAGGGGUCUCAUUUAGUCUAUUCCUUCUGACAAUGGCCACACAGAGGUGAUGUGGUGUACUGACACAGACUGGCCACUAGAGAGCCUCAGAGAGGUGCUGUUGGACUUGGAUAUGAUGGAGGAUUUUCUGUGUGCUUUGUUGUAGUUGACUGACUGACUUGAAGCCUGUUACAUUUCAGUUCCACAGUACAGACAGGAGCUGUUUUUCUGUGCUGAAAGAAAUACCCCGUUUCUGGAUUUAAAGUAGCUCCUUAGAGGAAUUUGCUUCGCUAAAUGUGUUUGAUUCAGGGAUGUUGGUGAGGCCUCAUGGUAAGGCCUAUGCUCUCAAAUGAUUCUCAAGACGAGGCGAAGCGUCUCUGUUUUAUAUAAUGCGUGUUUGAAAGAUGUAUUUAGUAAUUUAUUGUAGCCUUUUAAAUAUUUACAGAUGACUUGACAUUUCAGGUAAACUCACCUAUAAACCUACGUUGUAGUUAAUUACAAUACAAAUGAUAUAUAUUCUUAUUGUGAAGUAUAGGUUUUAUAAUUAGAUCAUUAACAGGGUUUUUCCUCAAUGGGACAGUGCUGGUUUGGCUCAGAAGUCUAAAGUUAUUUUCAUAUUUGCCCAAACAGUACUUGUCUUUCAUCAUAUUACACACAACACUAAUAGCUACAGCUCAGAUGUGUAUGUUUUCAACCAAUCUUGUUCUCAGACCCCACUUCCCAUACAAUAGUAUGGUAUUCCUUGACAAUGUUUAUUUCUUACUCAUGUGCUGGGAUUAAUGGUUACUGGUCUUUUUAAUUCCAAAAGUAUAAAAAGGUAAUUAAACGUUUGAAAUCAGUUCUGGGCAGCAGGUAACCUGGUUAUAGAGGUGAGCCAGGAACCAGAAGGUUGCCAGUUUCUGAUAGGAAAAAUCUGUCGGGAAGUGAGUUGGCAUCGGAGGGUUGCUGGAAUCAAAUCCUAGAUGCCAUUGCAUGCCAUUUUUCCCUUGAGAAAGGCACUUAAGCCCCUCCCCCACAACAGCUCCCUGGGUGCCCAGUGUGGCAGACCCCUGCACCACUCCAAAACAUGUAUGUGUAUUUUCAAAGGCAGUUUCCUUUUGGAGGAGUUGUGUUAAAAGCUUAAGGUGCAAUUUACCAAUAAAUUGAUCUUCAAAUCAAAGACCGAAAUAGCACUUUAUAGUCCCAUAAUUCCCAUGUUUAGGGGCCUAUCUCAACCUGACGUUGUGCCUGGGCGUCUGCCACUGUGAACACUGAAGGAUUUGUAUGUCCAUGCUUUGUAUAACCAUACAUACAUGCAUUGUACUCUCACAUCAAUUUGAAGACAAUAAACAGUAUGACUGAU